AAUAAAGUCUAAAUCAGAGAUGGUCAAUUCCAUCCUCUGAAACUUCCACCUGCAACUCUUAGAUACAUCCCUCCUCUAACUGACCUGGACCAAUCAAUGGCUCCAGCCGGGUUACUGCUGGAGAACAACACCAAUGUGGACAGGAGAGAGAGAGAGAGAGAGAGUUGCUGACAGACUGGAGACGGGCGAGCAAGCUUCAGUGAAACAGGCAGAGAGAGAGAGAGAGAGAGAGCAGCAGCCUCGUCUGUCAGUCAGCUCCACAAAUAGAAAUCUCUCUCUCUGUCUCUGUUUCCUGCAGUGUUGGUGUGGAUCGCCCGGUUCUGGACCCAGAGACUCCAGAACUGGAACCAGCUGCAGCGGGAACCUGGACUAUUGGUUGUACAGUAAUAGUAAUAUUCUACCUGGACCUGGAGCCAGACUCUGCUGGGUCCAGAACCUGAACGAUCCGAGUCGGUUCUGAUCUCUGAUCUGAUCCCAGAAAAACUAUGAGUGUCCUGCAGGGAGGAAGAGGAGUGAGGAAGGACCUCGGUGCACAUGGCUGCGCUGAGGCUGACCUGCCGCCUUGUCACAGCUCCAGCCCACAGAUCCUUCCGCCGUGUUCACUAGUUCCUGCAGACAAGAGGUCAGAAGUCACCUGGACAGGUGAGCGUGAGGUGGAGUACCUGGACAUCUUCAGCAGGGAUGACGAGGAAGAGGACGAAGGCAGCGAAUGGUCCGAGGAGGAUCUGUCUCUGCACUUCUCUCCCUCCGUUAUCCUCCAAUCGGACGAUGAAGAGUUGGAGCCUGAGAGUGGCUUAGGAUGUGUGCGCGUAACCAUGGAAACACAGGUGAUGAUGAAGGACGACCCUCCUGAGAGGGGAGGAGUUACCGAAAGACAUUCCCGUCCACUUUCAUUUCUACGCCAGAACAGCAUGCCUGCAUCGCUGCACAUGCAUCCCACAGCCAGUGGCGAGGCUGGCAGCUACAGGGUCUACAAAGGCCGUAUUGCAGGGGCCAACAGCGGUCUCCCGCUGGAAGGAAGCCGGCGAUGCCUUCAGAAAUCUUAUUCUCUGGAUGAAAGUAAAACAAAGAUGGCGUCAAGCCUCUUAAUGAACAUCCUGUCCAAGAAGAUGCAAGUGGAGCAGAGCAGCAGCACAGCUAACAGCCUGAAGAAGCUGGAGGCAGUACCUGCCCCGUAUGCUCCACCUGCCCCCCCUGCAGGGCAGCAGGUGGAGACAGGUGCGUCCAAAGCUCCACUGCACCUGGUCAGAGAUGUGAAAAGUUUCAAAAGCAUCAGCAACAGCAAAGCUGUUAGCAUGAACCCAAUGAGCCGCAACGCUAUUGGCCAGGAGGAGAGCGUCUCACGUCACCCAGCUGCAGAGGGUAAACAUCGUGCUGCCAUGGUUACGGCAUCUCUCAGCAAAUCACAAAACAGGCAACAGGACGACGCUGGCAGCCAUCCGACAGCAAUUGAAAAACAAAACAGUCAGCCAAUGGGCGAGUCUGAAGGCAGGCCCCCUGUCCAACCCAUCCGCCAUGUCCAACCCAUCCACCACGUCCAACCCAUCCACCACGUCCAACCCAUCCACCACGUCCAACCCAUCCAACCCAUCCACCACGUCCAACCCAUCCACCACGUCCAACCCAUCCGCCAUGUCCAACCCAUCUGCCAUGUCCAACCCGUCCACCAUGUCCCUUCAGAACUGAACCAAUCAGAGACAGCUGCAGUGUCCCUUGCCCCCUUGCAGCGCUCAUCACCUGAUCUCCAGAAACAGAAGUCCUCUGAGUCUGCCCCAGAUCCCCAAUUCCGUCCAUGCUGCACCCAGAGCCAGCGCUCCACCCGAUGUGAAGGUUCUCCCUUUGCUCCCAUUCAGCUCCUCCAUCCCUGUUUUUACAGGCUGCAGUCACACCUGAGAAGUGUCCCCUUCACCCACCCUCCUCUGAACUGCAUGCCAUCCCACCUUCAUCCCCCAGCUCCUCCCCCUCUCCACCUGUUGGUGAACCCUGACAAAAAUCCGAUCAAAGUCAGGGAUAACUCUUCAAAUCAGACUGAAACCAGCAGAGAUCCAGACUGCAGGAGCUUUGGGAGGCGUGAACAGGUUCAACCGCCGCAGCAGCCCUUACCUGUGAGCUCACAGACUUUCACACCUGGCCUGGUAUGCAAGGACCUGGUUUCCACUGCAGCACCCGGAUCCUUGCUUAGUGUCCCUGCUUCCUGUCACCUGAUGUUAGACGCCAGCAGUCAUCGCUGCUUCUACAUGGAUGCCGGCCCAGCAGCUCAGAGGAAGCUGCUGCUGGACCCGGAAACUGGACGCUUCGUCCAGGUGUUCCUACCUGCAGGCUCCGCCCUCCCCAUGUUGGCGGGAAACCCGACAGUCCUGCCAGUCAGUCAGUUUCCACUGAUGGGCGUGCCCUUGCUGUACGGUGGGCCCUACCUACCUGUUACCAUGACAACACCUCAUGAUGAUGCCACCAUGAUCCUCCAUCAGACCUGA